GUAACCUCAUUCACUGCUUAUGUGUCAUCGGUUUGUCACAGAAGUUCAUCAAAAUUUUUUGUUCAUUUUCCAUUUUCAAUCCAUGUACAUCCCAGCAAUAUGGAAGAUUAUUACGGAGUACUGAACGUACGGAACGAUGCAUCAAUCGAUGAAAUAAGAAAAGCUUACAAGCAGUUGGCCCUACAAUGGCAUCCAGACAAGAAUUUAGAUAAUUUUGAACGAGCGAAUACGGUCUUUAUGGAAAUUACCAAAGCUUACGAAGUAUUGUCAAACGAAAGUAGCAGACGGCAGUACGACCUGUUUGGAUCUCAGCUAACGCCAAGAUGGGCGAGCUCAGAAGCUCGUUUCGAUCGACGCCAGUCGGUCAGAGAUCCGGAGGAUAUCUUCAAGGAAUUCUUUAGAGGAAGCCCGUCCGAGUUCUAUACUAAUGCAUCUCAAAGGAGGAAGCAUCGUAGUGGCAGUCCUAGAAGAGGUACGGGCAGAGAAAAGUUUUACUUCAAAGCAUUCAAAAGGCGAGCUGGAGAAUUUGCACAGUUUCCAGUUGGUAGAAAGGUCAUUACUAAAUGAAGUUUUUUAUAACUACGGAUGUCGUUAGUUUGUUUUCCUACCCAGGACAUAUAGUAACAUCCCGAGAAAAUAAAAUAAUGCUGCAGGUGCCCGUGUCCGCCAGUCUUGAAGACAUCAAAAAGGCUUACAAGCAACUAGCUCUCAAGUGGCACCCUGAUAAGAACCCGGACCGACUGGAAGAAGCCAACCGAAAUUUCCGAAACAUCUCCAAGGCUUACGAGGUGCUAUCCGAUAAGGCCACAAGAGACAUCCACGAUAUGAGAAACGGCGGCUAUCCUCCAAGGAAAUACGCAUCCGAGCAAGGCUUUUGCCCGUACGGAAUGUACGGUUUCGAUUUCAAACACCCAGAGAUGGUAUUUAAGGAAUUUUUCCAUGGAAGCAUGUUGCAGUUUCACAAGGUUGGAAAAUUCGUCAAAGUUCCUUCUAGAAACCCUGGGUAUGAUCGUCCCUGGUUUCGUGACCUUAUUUUUCCACGCCGCAGACACGAUAUGGGCGACUAUGAGGAUGAGCCAUUCGUUCCUCCAUAUGCAUAUACGCCAGAUAGUUGCUUAUUUGGUAAUGUGUAUGGAUUUCAGUCUGUAGGUCGACCAGCUUCGUUUCCUGGCAAUUUCAAAGAAAGGUAUUUCAAGAUGAAGAAUACUAGGAUCUAGACAAAUGAGUAACUUGAUUCUUUGAACGAUAUGCCAAGCACUGUUAUGUAGUAAAAUGUUCCUAAAAUCUGCAGAGGCUACUGAUUUUGUUAUCAUUUCAAUAAAGUCAUGUUUGUAA